UGCUACAUUUGGAGACUUCUGAGGAAAAGCCAUGGGCUCAGACUUUAGCAUGGUGAAGAUAAGAAAGGUCACUUCUUGCUCCAUCUGCAAGGCCAUGAUGUCUCACCCAGUAAGCAUCAACUGUGGACACAGCUACUGCAAAUUCUGCAUACAGAGCUAUUAUUACAAUGUCAGCCCAAAGACAGGACAGGAGUUAUUGGGCUGUCCUUUGUGUAGUAGUCCGUUUAGCUUAGAGAACCUCAGGCCCAACAAGGAGCUAGAAACCAUAAUUGAUAUGAUCAAGGGGAUGGGAGAGCAGGAUCAUGACACGGUGUGUGAGGAACAUGAAGAGAAGCUCAGUCGCUUCUGUGAAGAUGAUGGUCAGCUCCUCUGCUGGCGGUGUUAUUGGGAAGAUCAGCACAAAGGUCAUAACUUGGUUGGUGUGAAAGAUGUGUACCAGAACUACAAGGAAAAACUCCAGAACACCAUGAUAAAAUUGCGUGAACUCCAAGAGAAUCAUGAAGUUCAGAUACAUUUCAUAACAAGCCAAAUAGAUGCCUGGAAGGAUGCCAUUGAGGAUCGUAGGCAAACAAUCAAGUCUAACUUCAAGAAUCUCCAGAGUUUUCUACAGGAAGAAGAGAAGUUUUAUCUUUGGAGGUUGGAGAAUGAGGAAAAACAGAUGCUGAUGCGGCUGAAGGGCAGCAAGGCUGAUCUACAGCAGGCAUAUGAGAGAGCUGAAUGCCAAAUUCAGGAACUGGAGGCAAAAUGUCAGGGCUCAUCCCAGAAAUUGCUACAGGAUGUGAAAAACAUUUUGAGCAGAUGUGAGGCUAUGAAGCUAAACCCACUGGAGGCUGAUCCCCUGAAGGUUCACACCAAAUGUAAUGUGUCUGAGCUUUACUUUGAUGUGAAGACAAUAUUAAGACGUCACCAAGUCAGUGUGAUCCUGGAUCCCAGCACUUCCCAUCUUGACCUAACUCUGUCUAAUGGUGGAAGACUAGUGACUUACAAAAUAUUCCAUGGGGAUCUUCAGACGUCUGCCAAGAGGUUUUAUGGUUUACCCUGUGUCCUGGGCUGUGCGUGCUUUACUUCAGGAAGAUAUUACUUUGAAGUCUCUGUGGAGAAUGCAACCAGUUGGGAUGUGGGAAUCUGUUCAGAGAAUGUGCAGAGGGGCUUUAACAUGAAGAAGGAGCCUGAGUUUGGAUUCUGGACCAUCAAGAUGUCUGAAGAGGGUGGCCUUGAAGCUCUCACUUCUGCCCCUGCUACUCCCCUUCAUCUGAGUGAAAAACCCCAGAUUUUGGGAGUUUUGCUAGACUAUGAGGCUGGUGCCGUAUCUUUUUACAGUGUAACUACUGGCUCUCACAUAUACACCUUCCCUAAGGCUUCUUUCUGUGGUACCCUGAGGCCCUUUUUCCAGGUUUAUCAAUAUUCUCCUUUGUUCUUGCCCACCAUAAGUAAUCAAGGAAAGAUGUAAAGUCCCCAUGCCUUAAGUAGCAUCA